AUGCGGGAAGACGUCAAGCAUGGCGAGAUCAAUGGCGACCAUGCCGACAUGAUUGCGAAGGAGCUCGGCGAGACAGUCGUAAUGUCAGAGCCAUUGAGCGAGGAGGAAGACAAGCGCAUCUUGCGCCUCGUAGACUGGAAUCUGCUACCGAUCAUGGCCAUGUCAUAUCUCUUCCAAUUCCUGGACAAGUCCGCGCUUGGCUUCACCGCGAUCUUGACGCUUCGGGAAGACCUGCACCUCUCGGGCUCGGACUACUCAUGGGCUAGCGGCAUUUAUUAUUUCGGAUAUCUAGUCGCUUCAUAUCCCGCAGCAUGGAUCAUGAUUAGAACCCCAGUCGGCAAGAUGAUUGCGGCGUCCAUCACACUCUGGGGCGCAAUCCUCAUGUUGACCGCUGUAUGCUCCAACCCCGCCGGUCUUCUCGCGAAUCGCAUCUUCUUGGGCGUUGCCGAAUCCGCCAUCGCCCCUGGACUCGCAGUCAUGGUGUCAAUGUGGUACAAGCGAAAGGAGCAGCCGGUCCGUCAGGGAGCCUGGUUCAUGGGCAAUGUCAUGGCCGGCAUUGUGGGAGGCGUGACAGCCUAUGGCAUCAGCCACAUCCAGAGCAUUGCGGCGUGGAAGGCCAUAUUUCUCAUCUUUGGCGCCAUCACAGUGUGUUGGUCCGCAGCCAUGUUCUUCCUGCUCCCCGACACACCAAUGAGCGCGCGAUUUCUGAACAAAGAGGAUCGGGUCAAGGCGAUCAAGAGAGUGGAAGAGAACAUGACCGGCAUCAAGAGUAACGAGUGGAAGCGGCAUCAGUUCCUAGAGGCGCUCGCUGACAUCCAGGUCUGGCUCCUGGUCAUGGUGCAGAUGACGGGAUCGAUCGCUAAUGGGGGUGUCAACAACUUUGGCUCUAUUGUCAUCAAGGGCAUGGGAUUCUCUACACUCGACACCUUGUUGGUACAAAUGAUUGGUACUUGUUUCCAGGGCUUCUUCGUCAUCACGGGGAUGCUCGGGUCAACAUACAUCCCCAAAUCUAGGACAAUCAUCAUGGCGUGGCACAUGUUUGUGUCGAUUAUUGGGGCUGCUAUGAUCCGACAGGUGCCUGCUCAGUACCAAUGGGCUCGGUUCUUUGGGUAUUGCCUGACGUUGGGCUACUCUGCGAAUUUUCCCCUGCUUCUGGCCAUGACGUCGAGCAACAUUGGCGGGUUUACCAAGAAGACAACUUCAAACGCUAUGAUCUUUGUUGGCUACUGCGCAGGAAACAUCAUUGGUCCCCAGCUUUUCUUCGAGUCUGAGGCUCCCAGCUAUCCGUCUGGCUUCCUCGCUAUGAUGCUUUGCUUUGGCCUCGGCUUUGCCGCUUGCGUUGCCCUCCGCUUCUAUUUGCCUUGGGAGAACAAGCGGCGAGAUCGCGCUGGUGGUUUGCAUGAGAUCGAGGCCGGCGCGGCGGCCCAUGGCUCAGUCAACCUGAUGGAUAAAACUGACAAGGAGAUCCCUCAGUUUCGUUAUCUCUACUGA